AUGUUCCACUCCAUACCAACGCUAGGGUUUUGCUUCACGCUCUGCGUCCUCUCGUUGUUCGGGACAACACAGGGAACCUAUCCUAUUAGGUGUUGUUCAGGAUCCACACUAAUUAACAGAAGAUGUGUGUGUAACCCAGGUUACCAUGGCGAUAGUGCUCACCGUUGUGUCGAGCCAUGCUGGAAAAAAUGUAAAGCAAAUACAAUCUGCAACAAGAAUACAUUCAAAUGUUCCUGUAAACCAGGAUUCGUGGGUAAUCCAUAUGGCGGCUGCAUACUUAAAGCCACAUUCCAAUUUGCACGAUCGAGUUAUGUGGUAAAAGAGAGCGCCGGUGUAGUGAAACUACAGGUCGAUAGAAUAUCCGGAGGACUCCAUAAAGUCAUUAUGUACUGGAAAUCCACUAGUAUAACGGCUAGACUUAAUAGCGACUACAGAGGUGCUUCUGGAAGUGUUACAUUUGGAGUUGGUGAAAAAUGGAAAUUCAUCCAAAUUCCCAUCGUAAACGACCAGAUCUAUGAGAGAAUUGAAACGUUUAAAGUGACUUUAACAUCAGCAAGUGCUGGGGGAGCAAUCGGAACUCGCAGUGUAACCACGGUAACAAUCACUGAUGACGAUCUCCCAUGUGGAGGAAAGUGCAAGAAUUAUCGAUUCUCCGUUUGUAACGAGGCCACCAAUAAAUGUGUUUGUAUAAAGAACUACUAUGGCGAUCCGUACCAUGGAGGAUGCAGGUGUGGUGGUGGAGGGGGCUAUUAGACGGCCAAAUCGCAUUUUGUGUUAAAUUGCCGACUGCACCUGAAACACCUGAAUAAAAGGAAUAGCAUCA